GUCAGUGUCAAUCAGUCGUUCAAAAUGGCUUAAAAUUAUUCAAAGCCGGUUUUCAACUGAGUGAGACCGAGCUUCGUGGUUAGGUGUCCUAUCUUUUUUCUGUAACUUAACCUUCCAUAUUCACAGUUUUCUAUUGAAAUAAUUAAUUAGUUAGAUUACUUGUAAAAAUCGGAUAAUAAUAGCUUUCUGUUAUUGUAUUGUUAAGUGGACAUUACAUCUCCAUUACCAUUACCACGUGUGCACAGCGUAUUGAAUUUUACAGAAAUAUUACUUAAAAAUUCGUUAUAAAACCUUUUAAUCAACGACGAUCUCUCUAAACAGGUACCUUAAUUUUCAUUCCACUUAUUACGAAUUAUUGCAAGAUGUCUGUGAAAGCAGAAGGAGAUCUACGUGAUGGUCUGGCGGCAACGGAGAUAUUCGCUAAUAGCGACGGCCUCACCUACAAUGAUUUUUUAUUGCUACCUGGGUAUAUAGAUUUCACAGCCGAAGAGGUGGAUCUCACUUCACCACUUACCAAAAGGCUCAAACUGAAAGCGCCACUUGUAUCCACACCAAUGGACACGGUAACGGAAGCUGAUAUGGCCAUUGCUAUGGCUCUCUGCGGAGGCAUCGGUAUCAUACAUCACAACUGCACUCCAGAGUAUCAAGCAAACGAAGUUCACAAAGUCAAGAAAUACAAACAUGGAUUCAUCAGAGAUCCUGUUUGCAUGGGACCAAGCAAUACAGUUGCUGAUGUUAUAGAAGCUAAAAAGAAGAAUGGGUUCACUGGAUACCCCAUCACAGAUAAUGGUAAACUGGGCGGUCGCCUCAUUGGCAUUGUUACUUCUCGUGAUAUUGAUUUUAGGGAAGGGGAUCCUCACUUGAGUCUCAAAGAAGUAAUGACACCUAUUGAAGAAAUGAUAACAGCUCAGUCAGGUGUAACACUCCAAGAUGCUAAUUAUAUCUUGGAAAAGAGUAAGAAAGGCAAACUCCCUAUCAUAAAUGCAGCUGGUGAGCUUGUUGCAUUAAUAGCGAGAACUGACUUGAAAAAAGCUCGUAGCUACCCAAAUGCAUCUAAGGAUUCCAACAAACAACUCUUAGUUGGAGCUGCUAUUGGUACUAGAGAAGCCGACAGGGAACGCUUGAAAUUACUUGUUAAUAAUGGAGUUGAUGUUAUUGUCUUGGACUCAUCACAAGGCAACUCAAUAUAUCAAAUACAAAUGAUUAAACACAUAAAACAGACCUAUCCUAAUAUUGAUGUUAUAGGAGGCAAUGUUGUAACAAGAAUGCAAGCCAAGAAUCUAAUUGAGGCUGGAGUAGAUGCAUUGAGGGUUGGAAUGGGCAGUGGAUCUAUUUGUAUUACUCAAGAGGUGAUGGCUUGUGGCUGUCCCCAAGCCACAGCAGUCUACCAGGUAUCUUCUUAUGCAAAACAAUUUAAUGUUCCUGUCAUUGCAGAUGGAGGUAUUCAAUCUGUGGGACAUAUUGUAAAGUCACUAGCACUGGGGGCUUGCUCAGUCAUGAUGGGUUCCCUCUUAGCAGGUACCUCUGAAGCACCAGGUGAAUAUUUCUUCUCAGAUGGUGUGCGACUGAAGAAAUAUAGAGGAAUGGGUAGCUUGGAAGCUAUGGAAAAUAAAGAUGGUAAAGGAUCAGCAAUGAGUCGAUACUUCCACAAGGAGAGUGAUAAGCACAGAGUAGCUCAAGGUGUUAGUGGAAGCAUUGUAGACAAAGGGUCUGUCCUCAGGUUCCUCCCAUACUUACAAGCAGGGAUGCAGCAUAGUUGUCAGGAUCUUGGUGCUAAAUCAGUAGCACGUCUUCGUGAGAUGAGCUAUUCUGGAGAUCUUAGAUUCAUGAAGAGAACACACUCUGCACAAUUAGAAGGAAAUGUUCAUGGACUAUUUUCCUAUGAGAAGAGAUUAUUUUGAACAUCAAUGACAAUG